AUGGCACAUUAUGAUUUGCCAAUUGACACAAUACCGGGGACAGUCCACCUCGUGGACAUCGAGCAUAACAUGCAUACCCGGCAUGCUGGAUCGGGGGACAAGGACAUUGUUCUGGUACCCACUCCAUCGAACGAUCCUGACGAUCCUCUGAACUGGUCGCCCAAGCGAAAGCUCAUGUUGACCAUAACAGUCAACAUAUACACCUUGGUAGUUGGCAUUGCCAACUCUGUGGUAUAUUCGGUGCUUGUUCCUCUUUCUGAGGCAUCUGGGGUCUCCAUCAGCACUCUGAACCAAGGCACAGGAUAUCUGUUUCUUCUUGCUGGCUGGGGUUUGCUCUUCUGGCAACCCUUCGCCUUGCGAUACGGCAAGCGUCUGACCUACCUUCUCUCCAUCUGCGGGACAAUCGCUUGUACAUUGUGGGGCCCAUACGCCCGCGGCAAUGGUGUAUGGAUUGCGAAGAAUAUAGUCGGAGGUUUCAUGGCUGCGCCCAUAGAGAGCCUUCCUGAAGUCUCUGUGACGGAUGUAUACUUUCAGCACCAGAGAGGAACGUAUAUGGGCAUCUAUGCGUUCUUCCUGGCUGGGAGCAACUAUUUUGCGCCCGUGAUCUGUGGAUUCAUCGCUGACGACCAGGGUUGGAAAUGGGUUUUCUACUGGCCAGCCAUUUUCCUUGGCGUGGCUCUGGUCAUUUGCUUCUUCUUCAUGGAGGAGACGAACUAUACGCGAUCUACAGUGGGCGUUGUCGAGACAUCCAGCGGCAGCCAGACACCCAUCUCUGCCACGAAAGACGAGAAGGCGAUGGAAAAGACACCGGAUGUUGUCAACGAGGCUUCUGACAACGUUGAGAGCGGCACCGUGGUUUAUGGCAGCAACAAGACAUACUUACAAAAACUGUCACUGUGGCAAACAUCGCCUGGGGAACAAAUUUGGACAAGAGCCUUGCGAUCGUUGGGUUACUUGAGCUGGCCUGUCAUCUUCUAUGCUGGGUUUAGCUAUGGCAGUUAUCUUAUCUGGUUCAAUGUCCUGAACGCAACGGCAAGCAUCAUUUUGGGAGGUCCACCCUACAAUUUCAAAGCCUCCAUGGUCGGGCUUUCAUACGUCAGCACAUUGAUAGGUGUCGUGGUCGGAUGCUUCUUUACUGGCCGCUUCAGCGAUUGGCUCACUAUCAGACUCGCACGUCGCAACAAAGGCAUCAUGGAGCCGGAACAUCGUCUUUGGCCUUUUGCAGCGUGCAUCAUUAUUGUUCCUGCAUCCCUCAUUCUCUGGGGUGUAGGCGCCGCGCAUCACGUCCAUUGGUUUGGGUUGGUCUUUGCUAUGGGUUCUUUGGCUGCUUCGAGCUGCUUCGGAAUCACUCUCAGCGUCAACUAUCUUAUUGACACAUACCACGAAAUUAGCGCGGAUGCGAUGACGACAGUGAUCCUGGUUCGCAACACCAUGUCUUUUGCCAUUGGUUACGGAAUCACUCCUUGGCUAGACAAUCUCGGUCUGCAGAAUUGCUUCAUCUCCGCUGCCUUCAUUGGAAUGGCGGCCUCUUCAGUCUUUCUGGUCAUGAUAUUCUUUGGUAAGAGCCUCAGGGAGCGGAGCCGUGUGAAAUACUGGAACUUGGUGGCGGAAUUGAUGGCGAAGAGCAAUGUAACCGUCUGA